CAAGCUCUGGUCAGUGGUAUUUGAUAGUUCACUGGAGCAUCAGGCGCGGGAGCUGUAGCUCGCCACAUUCACCAAGGCAAGAACACAAGAUCAACACUUUAGCAGUUAAGACUGUCUAUGAUUCCAGUCUCACAGUGGUUUUCAUUCGACGUGGAUCUCUCAUCAGUGAUCCCAGCGAACCUUCAGUGAACCCAGUGACCUGAGACUUCACCCGGUGUCCAGCUCCGACAUUCCUAGGUCAUCAAACUUCAGCUCCUAGCAACUCACACGCCCUAGUGACAGUUGCUGUGACAACGAGGACGCCAUCUUGGAUCGACGCCAGGGUUCGUGAUGGCGGUGAGGCAACGUGGAUGGUGGUGGACGUUGGUGGGUCUGUUGGUCUUGGCGUGUGCCUCCUCUCAUGCCAUUGAUUUGAAGGAAUACUUGGAGGAGAGGGCGAUGCUGCUGGCCCAGGAGCAGACUACUAUCAUGGGUCAGGAGCAGGUGUUAUCGGCGGACGAGCAAGCAGUCAACAAGGAACUGAUGUUGAACAAGAUGAGGGAAAUGGACAAGAGCUUUGAGACCCACGAUUUCCCUCCUUCCAAGAACUUCAUGUCCGUCAGGCACGAGAUCGAGGCUUCAGAUGUUUUCAAGAUGAUUCAGCAAAUGCCUAAAGGCGCGGCGCUACACUUGCACGAUACCGCCAUGGCGUCUUCCAGUUGGGUGGUGGAGGAGAUCUCCUAUUGGCCGAACCUCUACAUGUGCUACACUAAAGAUGACCAACUUCUGACGAUGUUCUUCGAGACUCCGGAUACAACUUGUGACUGGCAGCUUAUGAGUGAAGUGAGAGAGUCGUACCCCUCAGCAGACGAAUUUGACCAGGAGCUUCUCAGUAGACUCUCAAUACUGACUGAUAACCCAGAUGAGAAAUAUCCGGACCUGAACAGCGUAUGGUCAGCCUUCCAGGGUGUGUUUAUAGCCAUAACAGGCAUGUUGAUGUACCGACCAGCGUGGGAGAGCUACCUCUACCGGGCCCACCAGGAGUUUGCCCAUGAUAAUGUCCUCUACAUAGAGUUCAGGGGUACACUGCCCCUGCUGUACGAGCUCAACGGGACGAUGCUCACCGAAAUUGAGUCGGCGGCGGUUUAUCGGGACACCGCCAAGCGCUUCCUCGAUAAUCAUCCUGACCAGUUCUUCGGUACCCGCUAUAUCUACGCUCCACCUCGACUUGUGGACAAUGCUACCAUGGAAGGCUACGUCGCAUUGGUAAGGGAACUGAGAGCUCAGUUCCCGGACUUUGUGGCGGGGUUCGACCUGGUGGGUCAGGAGGACUUAGGUAAUCCUCUCAUAGACUUCCUGGCCUAUCUUCUCCCACUACAUGAUGCUCAGGUGCCUGUGUUCUACCACUCAGGAGAGACAGCUUGGAUGGGAACAAGUACGGACGAAAACCUUGUCGAUGCUCUGCUGCUCAACGCCACGAGGAUCGGCCAUGGGUAUGCCAUCACUAAACACCCCGAGGCCAAGCAGCUCGCCAUAGAGAAGGACGUCCCUCUUGAAAUCUGUCCUAUUUCCAACCAGGUACUAAAGCUUGUGGCGGACUUGAGGAACCACCCAGCUGCAGGGCUGGUGGCUGAGGGCUUCCCUGUGGUGGUUUCCUCUGACGAUCCUGGCUUCUGGGGUGCCGUUGGCAUAUCUCACGACUUUUAUGAGGCAUUUAUGGCUUUGGGAGGAGCCAAGGCCGAUCUCAGGUUCCUCAAGCAACUGGCUAUCAACUCCAUCAUGUACAGCACCUUGGACGAAGAGGCAAAAUCCGCCCUGAUGCUGAAGUGGGUCGAGAAGUGGGACGAGUUCAUUGCUACCACCAACAGACUGAACAGUUGCACGAGCAAGAAAUUUUACCCCGUAACUAGUUCUACCAGUACUUUGGGGCCAAGUUCUACCCAUAAACUAUUCUAAUUGACCAAUCAAUGUAGACAAUACCUCGAUAAAAGGUUUCAUUGAGAAUAGGCAACGAAAAUGCAUAAGUUUUAUUUUUUAGUUAGGGAUACAAUGUGCACUGGAAAAUUGUAUCAGACAAAUGUUUUUCGACUCAAUUCAGCGGUGCUUUUUUUUCUUCUCAUAAGUUUAAUGUAUAAACAAAAGCAACACAUGUGACUGUAAUCUAAUGUUUAAUCGUGUAUGCAGUACAGUCAUUCUCGGGAUGAUUACACCAACACCAGGAAAGGCUCAAAUUUAAUUACUAAUAAUUUAAAAUUUAUCACCAAGGUAAUAUAAUGGUUUAUACCUCAAUUUAUUCUUUGUGUGAAGAUUAAACCAGCUGAUAUGUAAUGUUUUUUCAAGACCUGUAGUGAUGAGUGCAAUUAUAGUCCUGUGUUUCCUGUCAUGAUGUGAGAGUACGCUAUUGAUACACGUACAGUGUAUCAAAACAAACUUAUAUAGUGACAAGGAAAUUUUAUCUGUUAUUUAGGAAUUCUUUGAAUUAAACCAAAUCUACACCAUGGAAAA